AUGGACGACCAACUCACCAAAUUAAAUGUGCUGAACCGGACCAGCCGACGUCCCUCUGUUUCCAAAAUUUGCGCAGACCGAAAGCAGUAUGCAACUCGCGCAGUUACCGCUGCAGUGUAUAGCUUUGUCGACGGCAGCAGUCAUGGAACCUCUGUUCUUCUUGUCCUUGACAUGAACAAUAACAGUGAUAGCGAGGACUGGAGCCCCCCUCAUUCAGAAGAAAUCCACCAGAUUUCUGAGGAGGAGUAUGGUCCGCCAACUAAACGUUCCACCAAACCCCGGGUCAGCCGCCCACCUCCGCCCUCUGUUAGCCUCUUCCCUCCGACCAUCAUCAGUACUGCCAACGCUUCACUGAAGGACAGCCAGUAUGGACCUCGCUGGAGCUAUCCCGCUGCUGACGUGAAGUAUUCAGAUAAGGAGUAUAUGAUUCAGCUUUCUUUGCCCACCUGUGACACCACUUGCCAGCUCAUCCUCUCAUUCUAUCGCCUGUACUCGGAUAUUCGUAAUCGUGACUCCUGGAACAGUUGUGAGAAGAGAAAUCUGCAGGCUGUACGCCAUAAGUACAAUGUUGACGUCGCCGUCAGCGAUAUAUUCACCAGUCCCAUGUCAACUCGCAUGCACAAGAUAACAAUAUUUUCGCAAGCGAAAGAUAAUGCAGUGACUGCCGUGGCUUCCCUGCUCCAUAGCUUGCCUACUGACUUGCAAGGCAAAUCCGUGGUGGCUAUUGAUCAUGUUUUUGCUGACACCAAAUCCAUGCGCCCUCCAAUGUUCUCAUUUGUGAGCCACUAA